CGCAAUCCUAUACCCUUCAUGUUGCAGUAGACAAUAUUUUCUUGAGGAGAGCACAUUUUGUAAAGUAAGUAAUCUAACCUUUGUCGUCCUAUAACAAACACCAGCAUUUUUUAUAUCUAAGGUAUCAUGAAGGUCCUAAGGAUAACUCGUCUAGCGCAUAAACCUCAACCUCCACCAUUUGUAUUUCAUUGGUGCUAAAGAAAUCGUUUCAAUCAUGUGAAUCUUUCUCUAAUGUUUUUCUGAGUCAUACUUACAACGAUCUUCCGAGGAUACUAGUAUUUAGCGUUAGUAAUAGUAACGAUGCAAGAACCACCCCCCUCCGCCCCGUAUCGAGCUUCAGGUGGAGUCGCUCCGACUUUCGCCGGCAUGUCAGUGUGGGAGCAAGAAGCGAAAUACCAGUCCGACCUGCAAAGGAUAAGACGGAAUGUUAUGAAUAAUCAACUUUCAAAAUAUACUACACAGGUAGAAUAUUAUGCGUGAGUGAUCAAUUUCCCAUGCGUGGAAAAUCAACUUUUCAGGCUUGACCACGGAGGGUUAAAGAUGAGGAUGGGACACAUGACCAUGGUGGUGCUCAUCAGGGGUUAGUACGAGGAGCAACUAGAAGAUGAUGACAUUCUUCGUAGCUCUAGUUCCUGACCACUGUUUCUGUGUUUGAUCAUUUGAGGAUGUCUUUCUUCCUCUAUCCUGAUCUCUAACCAAAGCCACAUCGCGCUAGGGUGUAGCGUCCUUUGCUUUGUCACGGGAUGUUGCAAUUAUUGCGCGAAUUGCUGCAUCGUCCCGUGGCUUGCUAUUUUCGGCCAGAAAGCUAGCAGUGUGCCGGCAGUAAUAAUUUUCGUCUGUUUAUUUAUAUUUUGUAGGGGAAUACUUAUGAUAGAUCACUUAUUAUCCGCUGAUUUUUGCAAUUCGCCGUGCACGGUCCGAAUAUUUACUUUCCCAGUUUUCAGGGCGUCAACCCGGUACUUAGGACUAGUAGUAGUUCGAUUUUUUGGAAUUACAUGACCUACAGGAUUUAGACCAGAAGCAUUGUUGUUGCGCGUGUGCUGAGUAUAGGGCGUCCGAAAGCGUGCGAAUGUGGAGUAACCUUACGUUUCUGGGCCUCGGAGCUUGGGCGAUAGCGCUGAUAGGUGCUUUUGCCUAUGCGCAAGGCAUACUCGUGUAUCCGGACUAUCACUGUUUAAGGAGUGGUUGUAUUUUGUUGUUGUAUUUCAGUGAUGAGGGAGGACAAGAACAAAUUGUACUGCAUGUAGGGGAGCUACCGGCCUGCGAGUUCAGAGGAGCUCAAGUUUGAUUUUUGCCGAUCCGGUGCUCAAUGCGCAGGGCUGAGGCAGGACCCCAUCUGAGUCUGAAUCUGAGUGGGAUGAGCUCUUUUGACUUUGCAAAAGAGGGGCAAAGGUGCUGAGGUCAAUAGUAUAACUCAAGAACAGGAGGUAAAUGUCAUUGUGAGUGAAUAGUUCACUACUCAAUAGUACUGAAGAUCCUUCUCUAUAGGACAGGACGCUGAGAAGCACAGCGUGAUGACUCGAAUCUACUCGGCAAUCUGCCUAAGAUUUCCCUGGCGAAUUCUCCCCGCUAAUGUGUAACUUCCAUAAUCGAUCUUUGUGCAGUACCUGCUUCGAGUAUAACUCGACCACUACCGAGAGGUCGAAUGGGGCCUACGUCUAUCCGCACAACUCUUGGGGUGCAUGUAUUGCAGGACCGGGACCCUCACCCCUGGAUCGCGUGACAGAGCGCUAUAGUGCCUGCUACUAUGGCAGGAAUCUCACACUGGAAAACUCGGCAUCGGAUUAUAGCUAUCACUUAUGGCUUAAUGUGAGACCACACUUCUGAUAACGAGUACAGCUCAAUGUGGCAUGACCCACUAUCUCUGAUUCUUACAAUUUUGAUUGCGUUAGAAUCGCUCUGAUAGAAGUUAUCACUCUCGAUCUCCUAAAUCUGUGUCCUUACUACCGAGAGCAUGGCGAUCUCGCUGACGAAGUCCAGGUAGCGAAAAAGAAUCCGUUUUACUACUCCUCCGCUAGUAAUCAAUGGCUUCGCAGAAUAACGUUCGGACUGACGUGUUUCGGGUACUAGAAUAGAUGGAUGGUUGAUUCUGUUUCAGUUAUUUUGUUUUUCCUGUUUCAACACAACAGCAAGUACUACUGGUGCUGCUUUCGGGGAUUAUUAGCAAUUUCUCCUCUAAAAAGAACUUCAACUUCUACCUGUGCAGGUACGACAACGCCUUCAAGAAUCCGAAACACCCGAUGUGUAUCGAUAUAUGCCGCUGUCUGAAUGGGGAAUCCGGUCAGACAGACGAGAGUGCGUCUGCAGAGUCGUACGCGGUCUUUGCUAUAGUUCUUUCGAUAUGCUCUACGUUGACCGUAGUCCUGUUCUGUGCGAUUCAACUCGACACGAGGCAGAGCAUCACACAUCUUGUUAUGAGACAAUUUGGAUAUAUCAGGUCUGGUACGAUAGCUUUUGUACUGGUACUGAAGACGUAAAAGUAGAAAGUUCAAGAGCUUACUGGGAACCACGGCAAAGUUGUUUCUCGGAUACUAUUCUUCAGAUCUCAUCUUCAUUGUAAACCUAAUCCUAAAUCUAGACCGGCUCUAAUUCCGAGCGCCUCUGGCCUCUAGUGAAAGCGAACGGUAAUUCCGCAUUAGCAGGCGGCCAUACAGGAUAUGGGCAACCGGUGGUGGGUGUUCCUCACCAGGUGUUAUUAGGCCACGCGUACUCUUAAGGCUCAACUUUCAUUGGUCACCAUUUAGAUUGGGGUCACUGAGAUCGAAGAGGGGCUCGCCUUAGAGAACAGGGGAAAAUGAAGGGAGAACAAGGGGAGAGGCGCGGGGCCCUUUUCUUUCAGAAUCAGUGAUUAAUGGGUAUUGACGUCUAAUACUCGACGCCAGUGGGCCAACAGCAACCGGCAGGCGUAUUUGAAGGCACACCUGCGGCGGCGGGUAUAAUGUUGAACGAUGUAGCUGCGCUAUUACUAUAGAAAAGAAAUCUUCUUCAACUCAUUUUUCUCAACUAUAUCGGCUGAUCUUUUUGUACUACUUACAUGAAUGACCUGAUUCAGUUUCACCAAUUUCAAUUUGUUGCAACCUACCACACAAUCUCAAGGUCCUGGCGGCCAGAGCGGUGUAGCGACUGGUAUUCCUGUGGCUGCUAGCGGGCCGACAAGCUCCCGACCGAGCAGAGGACCUACAAGGAAAACUUUCGAAACCCAUGAACUCUUAUGAAGAUUAUAUGCUAUCUGUAUCUCAAUAGCCCUUGCUUGUGCGACUUCUAGGACGUUUAAUAUUGGUGCAGAAGUAGAUGUAGUUUCAUCUCUCCUCGUGUUUCUUCAAUCAGCAUCAGCCUAUGAUCUAGUCCCACGAUCUUUCCUCUAACUUUCGAGUCCUACGAAUCUCUCCUCAGCGCACUGGACACGCUACCGGAUGGAAAUCUGCGGAGAGUGCGUACAAACUUUGUUUCUAUUUUAUUUUGUAUUUUCAGAUGAUUGAUGAGUCUUCAAGAAAUGAUUUUUACUUGAAAUUUUCUUCACCCAAAUUCACAUUCAGUGAACAAGAACACAAGGAACACAGGUACGAUCAGCAUCACCUCAGUUAUUUUCUUUUCCCUCCACCAGGUGGACUCCAAUACCUCGCCUCAAAUAUGGUUACGUGCGUGGAGUUCGCAGAGAUAUCACGGCGCAUCGAUUUUCAUGCGCGAGAGGAGUUCAUAAUAACUGCAGGAAUAAAAAACUGUGUCAGUGACCUCCCGAACUUGCGGAUGACACUCAUUAUGUACAUGUGGGAUAAUAUUAGAUGAGUAAAUGGGAGUAGUUCGAGUAUUCACUUUUAGUUGAAAACUUUUAUGUACUUAUAAUUGGUUGUUGAACGUUUAGAAAAGUUCUUGUAUGCAAGACAGGACUGCGCUUACUCUUGAACAAGAAGAAGGUGGACUUACAUACUUAGAAGUAAAGAAUGAAAUAAUGAUGCAAAAUAACAUCCCUAUUGAUAUCCUUACUCCAUUUCCCAUACAACUUCUAAUCCCCGUUCCAUCCUGGACGAGCCUCUAGGAAGUGCAAGAAUAGAGCGGUUGUGUCAGCAGAUCGGGCUUGACUCAGUGGGCGAUGCGUCAAUGGAUUCAGCGACAUUUGGAACGGCGGACUAUGGAGGCUCAGGUAGAGGAGUAGGAGCGACUGUAUUAAGACAUUGAGUCGAUAUUAUACGUUGGACACUAUGUUGUACUAAAUAGAGGAGUCGACAUUAACUGUUCUUCAGGAGAGUUGCUAGUUUCUUAUAAAUUCAUGUUGGACAUUAUGUACUUGCACAUUAGAAAUCGAGGACUGUACUAUGUCUUCUGGUUCUUGAAGGGAUGUGCACUCUAUUAUACAUAGCGUGUUGGAGAUUGUUUGCAGCCUCUCUUUUUUAUCACUUUGGUUUCUGUAGUUUCCGUUUACUCUUGGAGUAUUCGGAGCAGAGAGCACAAACAUUUACUUGUACUUAUAGUUUUUCUAAGAAUCCAAGCCUCGUCGAGUGCUCUCGCGCGGAAUCCCUCUACCUCAAUCGAAUUGGCGGAUCCAGGAGAGAAACAAUCAAGUUCGCCAGUUACACGUUCUGACGACACUUGAGUGCGCGACAGGUCUGUGUCGUGCUUGCUUCCCAAUUCUAUACUUAAAUGGUACUCAAGAAAUGCGAUCAUAACUUUGUUUUGGUCUUUGUGCUUCUUCUGGCUUCUAACCACAGAUGAAAACACUUGAAUUUCUUUGCUUCAUUACAGCAUAAAGAUUUUGUGUAGUUUGAGCAGGUGCCGUUGGGGCUCGUCGUGCAGGAACCUAACCUAACCUUGAUAAAUAAGUACCUACUUUCUUAGACGCCUGCGCGAGUUGCAG